CCUCUGCGGGACCGAUCCGAGGGCUCCUCCUUCACGCGCCCCCCAGAGGAAGUUCCCCAGUCCUCCUGUCCCAACCCCCGGGAGGAUGGGCGAGGGGGUACAAGGGAGCCCCAACCUCACCCGGGCUGCCAGAGGAAGAGGUGCCCCACCCCUGCUUGGGUCUGGAGCAUGGACUUCUCCGAGUGGGGUCCUGUUGGAGCCCAAAGGAGCCGGGGGAGGAGGCUGGGAACCACGAUCCUGGGGCCAAAUACAUAUACUGGGUUUGAGGUUUAUAUGCUGGGGUGGGCGUGGGAGGACUAGACCACUACACAGUCAUCCCAGGGGUCUCUCAAGUUGCUCCACUUCUGUCUAGCUGGCCAGGGUGUGGAAAGGUGUGCAGACCUGAGUUAGUGACAAGUGUAUCCUCGCGGUCACCCUUGGUCACAACUGAAUCAACAUAACCAGUUGCCAUAGAGUUGAUUCUAACUCAUGGGGACCCCACGUGUGUCAGACAGAGUAGGACUGUGCUCCAUAGGGUUUUCGCUGGCUGACUUUUUAGAAGUCGAUCACCAGGCCUUUUUUCUGAGGUGCCUCUGGGGUGGUCCUCCAACCUUGUGGUUAGCAGCUGAGCACAUUAACCUUUUGUUCCACCCAGAGACUCCAGACCAACAUAAUCAUGAUUUACAUCCCACCCCACCCAGCCUGGUCCCCCUCAGGUUAGGGUGGGGGGAAUGUCAGUGGAUUCUGACCUGUUUUUUAAGAGCAUGUCAUCCAAUAGAACUUUCUGGAAUGAUGUAAAUACUCUAUAUCUGUGCUGUCCAAUACAUGUGGCUAGUGGCUACCAUAUUGGACAGUGCCGUUUUAGAAUCAUCGCCUUCCCAUAUCCAUACCUACUUUCUUGCUCUUUCAUCAAAAACGCCCUAGGUUUGAGACUCAUUUUAUUCCCCUGCAGAAUGUAGCAGGAUAGCCAGCUUCUGGGUAGGCAGAAAGGGUCUGACAAGCUUCCAGAAGGGUGUCACCCUGGGCUUGCGCCCCUUCCCAUUCUUAGGUCCUGUGGAUGGUGGGCUGGACAAGGUCACAGAAUCACAGGCUCUUGGGAGGAAAUGAUGUCAAAGGCAGCUGUUUUAAGCACCCAACAGGUGCCCAAGCGCCCACUCCAUUGCUUUCUCUAUACUUAGAGCUUACUCUUCCUUAAUCAUUCAUUUUCCAAAUUUUAUGGAGCACCUGCUGGGUACCAGGCACUGUGCCCAGCUCUGGGGUUCAGACAUAAACAAGGUAGUUACCUUUCUGGCUCUCAGAGGAUGUACAUUUUAGGGAAAGAGAGACAGCCAGGCAACAGAGCUGUACAGAAAAAAGGAGAGAUUUGUGAACUAUGGGGAGUGCAAGAGAGGGAACGAAUAGGGGAUGGUGACAGAAAAGAAGAGAAGGGGGACUUCUGGGAAGGAUAGUCUGGGAAGAUUCCUCUGAAGAGAGGACCCUUAAGCUAAGACCAGAGGGGAAAUGGAAUAGGACAGCAUGUGCAAAGGGCCUGGGGAGGAGGCCAGUAUAGCUGGAAGGAGAAGGAAGCUCAAGUGGUCACUGGAGCAGCCAGUAAGGCCCAGGCAUUAGGCAGAAUCUUGCAGGCCUUGAAAGGGACUCUGGUGCUGGCCUUAGAUCAAAAGUUAAGCAGAUUAGUGACCUCAUCUAGUACAUUUUAAAAAGCCCCCUCUGGCUUCUGGGAACUAAAUGGCUCCAAGAGGGCUAAGAGUGGAAACCUUUAAUUCAUUAGGAAGCAACUGAUCUAGUCCAGGCAAGAGAUGAAGGCAGCCUGGAUGAGGAUGAUGGCCAUGGUAUGGAGAGAAGGGAUGAGUUAGAGGUAGGUGUUGGAGGUGGAACCAACAGGACCUGUGGAUGGAAUAGGUCCUAGGAGUGAGAGACAGUGGGGGUUGAAGAAACGGUUUCUGGCUGGAGCACCUGGGCAGGUAGAGCAUAUUUUGCAGGAACAGAUUGAGAGUUCCAUUUGGACAAGUCAGGAAGGUGGUUGGAUGGAGAGGCACGGUGCCCAGGGGAGUGGCCCAGUCUGGGGUUAUACAUGUGAGAGUAGUCAGCACAGAUGGCUCUGAAAUUCUUGGGCAGCUUGAGGUUGGGAAGAAGAAGAGGAGACGACAUUGGAGGCUGAGGUGUGGCUAAGAAGGAGAAGGCAAAGCAGAGGAUGUGGGGCUGUCCCUGGGAAUCCACUCAUCUCUCAUCUGCCCUCAUUUUACCACCCACUGCAUGCCAGGCCUCAUUUAGGGUGCUGUACCGGAGGGACAAGACAGCCACUGCUUCCUCAGAGUUCAGAAACAGGAAGUUUUUCAUAUAGCAAAAUUCAUCCUUUUAUUCUUUUAAACAACCAGCUCUUACUGAGAGGCACCUACAUGUCCAGCCCUGUACAGUCACUAAAACAAAAAAGCCAAACCAGUUGCUGUCAAGUCGAUUUCGACCCAUGCUAACCCCAUGUGUGCAGACUAGAAUUGCACUCCAUAGGGUUUUUCAGGCUGUGACCUUUCCAAAGCAGAUCUCCAAGACUUUCUUCUGAGUAGCCUCUGGGGUAAACAGACAAAUGUGAUCUUGGCCUUCCAGGAGCCAAGUGCAGAGAUACAUAGAGAAUCCCUGUGUUCACCAUAUUGUGUCACUACGAGUUAUGCACAGGAAAUUACUGGAGACCAGAGGAUGAGUACCAGCCCAGGGUGAAGGGAUCAGGGAGGCAGAGGGGCUGCCUGAACUGCUCUCCAGGAAUGAACCGAAUUCGGUUAGGGAAAGAGGAGGCACAGAGGGUGAAGGCAGGAACGAGGGUAACAGCCCGGUAUGGGUGGAAUGGGAAGCCUUUGGAGUUGGCAGAGCAGACGGGAGUGGCUGGGGGCUCUGGGGUACUCAGAGGCUGGGGAGGGUCUUGUUGCUUCACAGUGAAGUUGGUAGACUUAAGCAGUGGGGCACCAUGGAAGAGAUGAAGCAAGGGAGUGACGUAGCUGGAUUGGUGUUUGAACUUGCUCUCUCUGGCUGCUGGGUGGAGACAAAUUUGGGGAAUGAGACGUCUGCCAGCUGGUGGGAGAGGGGUGGUCAGGACAGGGUCUCAGGGUAGCCUUUGGGGUCAGGAGAACUUGGAUUCUCAUUCUGCCUCAGCCACGUACAAGUUGUGGAAUCUCGGUUAAGUCACUUGGAGUCGCUAAGUCUCAGUUUUCUCCUCUCCAAAUUGAGGAUAAGUCCUCCCUCCCAGAGGACUUGCAAGAGUACCGUAGUCCUUGGGUUAUGAAUGCCCGACUUAUGUACAACUGGUAGUUAGGAACCAACCCAGUAAAGGGUAUUAUAUUAAAAACUCGACGUACAUACAAUGGUUUGUAAUAACAAAUGGGUGCUACUUUGUGACAUGUAUCAAAACAUUAUUAUUAUUGUAUAAUUAUGUUAAAGAUGUUUUAGUGUACCUGGAAGUGUUUCUUUAAUUUUUUUUUUUAAUGUAUAAAAAGGUACAGUAUGUACUAAAUACUAAGACAAGCAUUUGACUAACUGAUGUUAGAUACUAACCAUACCUAACUGUUCCAACUUACACACAAAUUUGGCUUAAAGACAGAUUUAGGAACGGAAUGCCUCAUAAUCCGGGGACUGCAUGUAAUUUCUCUCCUCAUGGAAUCAUUGUCAAGUACUUGGCAUAGGGUCCAGCUCGCUCAUGCUGAUAAAUGGUUGUUGUUAUUAGGUGUAGAGAGGAGGGGACAGAUUUGAGAGAGAAUUAGGAGAUGGAGUUGGCAGGUUUGGGUCAGUAGCUGGACAUGGCCUUCCGGUCCUGAAUUGCUUGGGGUGGGGGCCUAGGGGAAUGGCAGUGGGAGUGAGGUGAAGAGUAACCAGCAAACUGCCUUCCGCCCAAGCACCUCUCAGUUCUAGGUACCCCCUCACAGAACCACACUAAGGUGUGCAUGAAUGGUGAGUGUAUGUGUGUGUGUGUGUGUGUGUGUGUGUGUGUUUAAGGAGGACCCCUCCAAAGAAAACAAAUUCCAGUUCCUGUCCUGAGGCUCUGGAAGCAGUUCAGCUUAGUGCUACCUUCCUUCUGGUGGAAUUCAUGACAAUGGGCAGAAGCGACCAGCUAUCCCUUGGGCUAGAGGCAGGAGGUCUGAGUUUUAGUCCUGAUUCAGCCACAAAUUAUUUUUAAGGCCUGAGAACCACUGUCUGUCUCCAGGACUCAGUUUUCCCAUCUAUAGAGUGUGGUUGCAUAGAUGGUGCCUAGUCCUUCUCCAGCUCUGACAUUUUCAAGUUCUGAGCUGCUUCAGCAGUCAAAGCCAAUGUCCUGGAUGGAAAGAGACCCUCAGAGGGGGCGGGGUCCCCAUUCCUCCAUAGUAAAAAAAAAAAUUUUUUUUUUUUUAAGAGUAUUGGAUAAUUCACUAUGGUCUUUUGCAUGACUCCGCCCACUCCCAAUAGCCCCUGCCCCAUUGAGUCCAGUCCAUCCUUGAGCUGGGGAGGGCUCAGUAGGCAGUGUGAACCGUAUCACCCAACCCUAAACUGGACACCCUAACACCUCUCCCUUGUCUCUUUCAUCUCUAGUCCCCCACCGGUGGAGCAGAAAUAAGCUUUCCUGAAUAAGUUAGAUGGAUGGUCCCCGUUAGCCUGGCGGGCUGCCCCCCUCCUGCCUUCCCACCACCUCCCCUUGCAUAGGGAGGUGCCUCUGUGUGUGGGGGAGCCUGGGGAGACAAGAGAAUUUGGGUGGGGGCUGGAGGUCCUCUGCCCAACAAGCAGGAAUGGUGCCCCCUGGGAAGAAACCAGCUGGAGAGGCCUCCAACUCCAACAAAAAGUGCAAGCGUUAUUUCAACGAGCACUGGAAAGAGGAGUUUACCUGGCUGGACUUUGACUACGAGCGGAAGCUGAUGUUUUGCCUCGAGUGUCGCCAGGCCCUGGUGCGGAACAAGCAUGGCAAAGCCGAGAACGCCUUCACUGUGGGCACUGACAACUUCCAGCGCCAUGCCCUGCUGCGCCAUGUGACCUCGGGAGCCCACCGCCAGGCUCUGGCCGUCAACCAGGGCCAGCCCACUUUCGAGGGCCAGGCUGAGGGAGGAGGGGCCUACCCAGGCCUGGUUUCCACCUCCACCUCUAGGGGCGUCAAGGUGGAGGUGGACCCCUCCAAAGUGGCUGUGCUGACCACCGUGUACUGCAUGGCCAAGGAGGAUGUGCCCGAUGACCGCUGCUCUGCCCUGCUGGAGCUACAGAGAUUCAACCUAUGCCAGGCACUGCUGGGCACCGAGCACCACAAUCAUUACAGCCCCAGGAGGGUGAGGGAUAUGCAGGUGGCCAUUGCCAGUGUCUUGCACACGGAGGACUGUCAGCGCCUGAGGGCAUCCCCAUAUGUGGGGCUGGUGCUGGAUGAGACGAAGGACUGGCCUGAGUCCCACAGUCUGGCCCUGUUUGCCACUUCAGUGUCCCCCUGCGAUGGCCAGCCUGCCACCACCUUUCUGGGCAGUGUGGAGCUACAGGAGGGUGAGGCCACUGCUGGUCACCUCCUGGACAUCCUGCAGGCUUUCGGUGUGCCCGCACCCAAGCUGGCCUGGCUCAGCUCCAGCCUCCCCAGUGACCGCCUAAGCAGUGUGGGCCUGCAGCUCCGGGCUGCCUGCCCACUGCUUACUGAACUACACUGCCUCCCUGGCCGGACAGACCCCAAGCCCCCUUCCUACCUGGGUGAAUAUGAAAGCAUACUGGAUGCUCUAUUCCGCCUGCACGGUGGCCCUAGUUCCCACAUGGUCCCUGAGCUCCGGGCUGCACUGGACCUUGCAGCUAUUGACUUGGCAGGGCCACGGACAGUGCCCUGGGCCUCAGCACUGCCCAUCGUGGAAGCAGUGGCUGAGGCCUGGCCUCGUCUGGUGCCCACAUUGGAGGCUGCAGCCCCAGCCUCUCCCACUGCUGGGGCGCUGGCCCUUGCUCUUCGCCAGUUCACCUUCAUGGCCUUCACCCACUUGCUGCUGGACGCUCUGCCCUCUGUGCAGAAGCUCGCACUUGUCUUGCAGCCAGAGGAGCCAGACUUGGCCUUGCUGCAGCCCCUAGUGAUGGCGACCGCUGCCUCCCUCCAAGCACAACGCAGCUCAGGUGGGGCCCGCCUCCAGGGCUUCCUUCAGGAACUGGCGACUUCAGGCCCCGAAGGGGGUGAGAGUCGCUGCACCUACCGCGGUGUGGAGCUGGCCGGCUACUCCGAGGCCGCUGUCCGGGGCUUCGACCGGCUGCGGGGGGCCUUCCUGGACUCCAUGCGGACAGGACUGCGGGACUCCUACCCCGGGCCAGCGCUGGACGCCGUGGCCGCCUUUGCUGCCGUCUUCGACCCCCGGCGCUACCCACAGGCGCCGGAGGAGCUGGUCACUCACGGCGAGGGGGCGCUACGCCUGCUGCUGCGCGCCUUCGCGCCCGCAGUGGUGCGCCAGCGCGCGCUGGGUGACUUUGCGCUCUUCAAGCGCGUGGUGUGCAGCCUUGGGCGGCUAGGGCCGCGGGCGCUUUGCGCCAAGCUGGCAUGCACGCACUCCGAGCUGCAUGAGCUCUUCCCGGACUUCGCAGCUCUCGCCGCACUGGCCUUGGCCCUGCCCGCGGGCGCCGGCCUCCUUGACAAGGUCGGCCGCAGCCGGGAGCUGCGGUGGUGGGGGCCGGCGGGGGCCGGGGAAGGCCGCAGUGGCCAAGUGGUGAAGAUCGCUGUGGACGGGCCCCCGCUGCAAGAGUUUGACUUUGCGCUGGCCAUAGAGUUCCUAGAGAGUGGGUGGGGGAAGGGGCUCCUGGGGUCGCAGCUCAUGUGAGGAGGCCCACUUUUUUCUCAAUCCAGCCAGUCUGGGGCCCUGGGCACCCUAUGGGCCAAGCCAGGCUUGACCGUGAUGUUGCUCCCAGGCUGACCUACUAACUGUGGCUUCCCAGAUGUUUGAGGCCUCCCGUCCACCUUCCCCGGGCUUCCUCUGCUCCAUGCUAACCCUAUCUUGUGGACUGUGAAGAGGAACCUGGGCAAGUAGGCAGAGAUGCUGGGGUCUGGGGCCCCCUAAAUGGCUCCUGUUCUCUCCAAAGUUUGGUGAGGAGUAGCCCAUCCUUUCCCCUUCUGGUCUUGGUCCAAGUUUUGACUCUAGAAGAGUUCAGUCUUGGCUAGAAGGAGUAAAACUGGGUCCUGGGAAGUGGCAGUUUGAGGGGCAGAGAAUGGGUCCUUCGCUGUUAUUUAGCCCCACUCCUGGCAGUAUCUCUUCUCUUCAGAUAUGACUGGGGAACUGGGACCUUCCUUAUUCACUCUUGACACACAGCACAGCACCCCCUCUGCACAUAAACAGUUCAAGGGCACAGCUGUGGAGACAGUGGUGGCCUCCUUCCUUCCACCCCCACAGGCUGCCUGAUGGCCUUUCUGUAUGUGGCCGUGUAGAUAGACAUAAAUAUUUAAAUGUAAAAUAAAUCUAUCCUACCUUUCGUAGUGUUAACACACAAAAAUCUCAAAGGACUUCUUUUGGUUUUGAAAUGACAUGGUCUAAAAAAGUCCCAAAUGGACUAAAUUUCUAGUUUUUGUUCUUAAAGUCUGGUGGCUCUCCAAGUUCCUGGCCCUCCCCUGCCCUUGCCUUGAAGACCAAAGACUCCAGAACCACAGAGCUGUACCUCAGGGCCUGACCCAGGACUUUUGGAGGGGUUUUGCCUCCUUGGGAAAGCAAUUGGGGCUUCCCUAGAGCUGGGGGGACACUCUCUUUCAGAUUCUCGUGGUCUUCCCACCCCCUCCUGUCAGCCCUGACUAUGAAUGGUGUGGAGAUCAGGAGAGGGGAUAGAGAGUGAGAGAGGAGGGCAGUAGCCUGUCCCCAAGCAUCCUGGGUUUGGUUUUAAUUUACAAUAAAGUGAAAACCCAGUGCAUCUUGCAGUCUCCAUGGUGAUAUGUGUGUCAGGGCCCUGCCCUGGCUCCUUUGCCCCCUCCUGUGGCCAGACUCCCUUUGGGGGUUAAUUUCAGCCAUUCUGCUGCCUCUAUAAGUGGGGAAGGGUAUUUCGCUUGGACUGG